CCUAGGGACUUCAUCUUCAUCUUCAGCAGUGGGAAUACCUAGAUUGAUUCUUCAGGGUUCAACAACACAUUUGUAAACAGCAAACGUAUACGAUUGAGUCUGCAACGUAAACAUUAUUCGUGAGAAAAGUUCAUACAAAACUCAAGAAUUUCUAUGGUUUCAAUUAUUGAGUGAGUUUUAAUCGUUUUGGACUCUUUACUAAUUGAGUUGAAAUUGAACCCUAAAACCUUCCUCUACACCACCGCCUCACUACUCCAUCCUUAAACGGGUUAUGAAACCCGACAAACAUAUCAUCAAAAUCAACACUGAUGCCCUAAUCUACUCACCGAGGUAGAUUCUAUCAGUGAACAUUCUCCGUUUCAGGGCUUCUUCUUCUACGUAAUACGGUUGUUUGUGACCAGGUCGAUUUGGAUCAUAUUUGAUGUUUACCAGACGACGACACCGAUUGCACCACCAAUACACCUAUGGUAUGAAUUUCGUUUUUUUUGGUAAGCUUUAACAUAAUUCAAUGUUUUCAUACAAUUUUGAUUUUCCGAAAUUCAUUUUAUCAAUUCAUGAGGAGAUUUGUAGGGAAUGGAAUGUCCCUGUUAAAAACAUUUUUUGUGAUCAUGCAAGUCAAUUUUGAUUUUCUUUUGGAUUGGAGUACCAUUCGUCAGGUUCGCAGGCAUGGGAGAAUAAAGUAUCGGAUUUUUUUGUUCUCUGUUUUCGAUUUGGAGAAUAAAAAAGUGAUGACGUUUUGGAAUUCAAUUGAUAAGGAUUUAAUAAAAUAUAAUAAAGGCGUUUGUAUUAAGAUCGAUCUAUGGAUUAUGGGGAUUGCGGUUAUCAAAGAUCGAAUUUUAAAGUUUUGGCCCAAAGGGUAUUUUUGUUAUUUUUGGGAAAUAAAAAAUUUAGAUGAGAUAAUCGAUUUUGGAUGGAUUAUAAGAAUUGGCGAUAUAAGAGGGUUUCUGAAGGUUUUUAGAUGUGAUUGGGUGUCGAAGGUUAGAAACUGUUGGGGUCAGUUUUGCUGGGUUCCUGUAUCUCCUGCCGGUAACUGUCUUGAUCUUGUUUUCUUCUUCUUCUUUUCUUAUGGGUGUUAUGAUAAUCAACAAUGAUGGGGUUUCUUUUUUGGAUGUAUUGAGAUGCAUGGAAUGGGGCUACUUGAUCAAUUUUUUGAUUUGGAGGAUUGGCCCUAUGAGUGGCAGCUGAAGAUUGUUGUUAAGAUUGGGUGGUUUGGGAUUUUUAGUGUUGAUUCUAAAGAUAUAUGUAGGGUGGCUGAGGAAGAUGCUUCUAAAGUCUCACUUUUUGCUAUAAUGCAGAAGCUAAAAAUCAAAGCAUUACAUCAUGUUCUUGAGGUUUGUGCAUACACUGAUUCUUGCUUUUGAGUAUACAAUUUCCCUUUACAUUGUGGGGCAUUAUAUAUAUGUUCAAGAUAAAAGUUUUUGCAAGGCUAUUCUUGUGGAAUAUGCUGUGAGGAUGGAUAUACAGAGACCCACUUAUCAAACAACUCUAGUGUGCUCAUCAGUUCCAGUUUUUCAUUCUUCUGUGGUUUUUUUUUAUGAUGCUUCUUUUACUAGAGAUAACUGUCUCACCAAGAAGAAAGCUGAACACUCUGCAGCAUGUGCUGUUAUUUUGAAAUAUUUAGAUGAUUGGGUGGCUUGGGGAUUGUUGCAGGUCCGGUGGAUAUGGAUGGACACAUGUAAACCUUCAUUAGAUGGGCGUCUGGGAUGUCGGGAUGAAUGUCUUAAUAGGAUGCUGAAUAUAGAAUGUGUAAAGGGAACAUGUCCCUGUGGAGAUUUGUGUUCAAUCUCAUCAGAUGGAGGAUGGUUCAUGGAUGUUUUCAAUGUUAUUAACCCUGACGGAAGCAAAAUUAAAGAUGAAGGUGUUGUCAAUUACAUAAAAAAGGUGCUUAAAAGUGAUGCUUUUUAUGUCCCUUCAUUAACUGGUUCAGUUGGAUUAAAGCCUUCAGAAGAUUACACAGUAAUAGAACUAGCUGGAAUAGACAGACCUGGACUAUUAUCAAAAGUAUCUGCAGUUCUCACAAAUCUUGGAUGUAAUGUAGUCAAUGUUGAAAUAUGGACUCAUAAUGUAAGAGUUGCAGCUGUUGUACAUGUCACAGAUGAGAAAACAAGAAAUGCAGUUGUUCCCUGGUGCUCCACCCUUUUUGCCAGUUGUGCAAUUUGUGGGGCAGCAUCCUGGUGGGCUUGGAGUUCCUGCUGUUGGCAUGGUGUUCCCUGGCUAUGUUACUCAGCCCAAUGUAACGGGGAAUUCAAAAAUGACAUGUAAUCUAGUGUUGGACCUGAUAGAGCAUAUGGCGUUGGUGGCAACAGUUUCCACCUGAGUUUGUUUCAAUGGCAAAUAUGUCCUUUUCUUGCAUUUUUUUCCUGUGAAAAAGCUAGUGUAGAAUUGAACGGAUGACUUAAUGUUUGAAAUAAAGAAAUUUAUCUACUUCA